AUGUGUGCAGGAUAUUGCCUGGAGCCAAUGGAUGAAGUGGAAACACUAGAUGAAAAGCGAACUGCCGAGGGCGGGUCUACUAUUGAUGAGCCAAGUGGAUCCUGGUUGGUGGAAGCCCCUAUAUCGCAGGACCGAGACUGGACUCCAAAACUGAUCUUUGAAUAUGCAAAACCGUCAGUCGUCAGAGGAAUCAGGUUGGCAUACACAUCACACAUUCCUGAUAACGGCACAGUAGAACCUCUGAAGAUCAGUUUUAUUGUGUCAUCCAAGAAGCCUGGAGAUGAGGUGUUUACUGAAGUUUCGCAAGUGGAGGUGAACCAACCAAUAAUGACUGCUGAUCUUGAGGAAGGAAAACCCAAGACGGAGAUGUUUCCAGACGUCUCUUCCUUGAAAGAUGUGACUGUUAUUUUGGUGGAAGUGCUCAAUGUUAGUGCUGCAAACUUAAUCAAGUUGGAUGUGGCCAUCUUAGGAUGCACCGAAGAAGUUACAACAGUGACAUCUGAGCCAUUGAGAGACCAGCCGAAGUCAACUGCUCCAAGCAAAGUCAAAGUGACAAGAAAGAAUGUUGUGACAACUCCCUUUGGUACAACCACGGAGGAAACAACAACUAUCAAAACAACUUCGCCUGCAACAACAUCAACAACAAUAGAAUAUUGCUUGGAGCUGAUGGAUGCGGAAAGCGGACUAGAAAAGGGAAGGAGCGCCCAGUUGUCCAGUUCUGGAGACCAGACAGAGAUGGACCCUCAGGAUCCUUGGACCGUCUUGCCUGUCAGCCAAGACGCGCCUGAAGACAGACCGAGCUUGUCCGUCAGCUUCACAAGAGGAUCUAUUGUGCGUGGGUUGAGACUACGAUUGAUCCCUGACACUGUCAAGGAUGAUAGUACCUCAGAAGAAAUUCCAAAGUCAAAAUCUGCUGUCAUCAGUUUGAUACUGUUUGUCAAGAAGGUUGGAGACAAUGAGUUCAAAGCUGUAGUGGAUGAAGUUGGAGAGCCAAAGACAAUAAGAGUAGCUUUGCAAGGGGUUGAUGCUGCAGAUUACAUGCUGCAAGGAGAAAGUCUUGAAAAUAUCCUAGAAGUGCGUUUGGGAAUUAGGAAAGUUUCCCCAGACAGAGCUGUUGUUUUAAGGCUGGAUUUCCUUGGCUGUGCUGAGGCAGUGAAAACAACUACAACGGUUUCAACUGUGACGACAACAACGACUGGUCCUGCCAUGACGACGGAAGAAGUGAAAACCACUACUGUUGUUACUCCAUUGGGAGAAGAAACAACAACAGUAACAACAUCUUCGCCAUUGCUAUCUACGACUCCAGGAUAUUGCCUGGAGCCAAUGGAUGAAGAGGAAACACUCGAUGAAAAGCGAACUGCCGAGGGCCGGUCUACUAUUGAUGAGCCAAGUGGAUCCUGGUUGGUGGAAGCCCCUGUAUCGCAGGACCGAGACCAGACUCCAAAACUGAUCUUUGAAUAUGCAAAGCCGUCAGUCGUCAGAGGAAUCAGGUUGGCAUACACAUCAGACAUUCCUGAUAACCGCACAGUAGAACCUCUGAAGAUCAGUUUUAUUGUGUCAUCCAAGAAGCCUGGAGAUGAGGUGUUUACUGAAGUUUCGCAAGUGGAGGUGAACCAACCAAUAAUGACUGCUGAUCUUGAGGAAGGAAAACCCAAGACGGAGAUGUUUCCAGACGUCUCCUCCUUGAAAGAUGUGACUGUUAUUUUGGUGGAAGUGCUCAAUGUUAGUGCUGCAAACUUAAUCAAGUUGGAUGUGGCCAUCUUAGGAUGCACCGAAGAAGUUACAACAGUGACAUCUGAGCCAUUGAGAGACCAGCCGAAGUCAACUGCUCCAAGCAAAGUCAAAGUGACAAGAAAGAAUGUUGUGACAACUCCCUUUGGUACAACCACGGAGGAAACAACAACUAUCAAAACAACUUCGCCUGCAACAACAUCAACAACAAUAGAAUAUUGCUUGGAGCUGAUGGAUGCGGAAAGCGGACUAGAAAAGGGAAGGAGCGCCCAGUUGUCCAGUUCUGGAGACCAGACAGAGAUGGACCCUCAGGAUCCUUGGACUGUCUUGCCUGUCAAACAAGACGUGCCUGAAGACAGACCGAGCUUGUCCGUCAGCUUCACUAGAGGAUCUAUUGUGCGUGGGUUGAGACUACGAUUGAUCCCUGACACUGUCAAGGCUGAUAGUACCUCAGAAGAAAUUCCAAAGUCAAAAUCUGCUGUCAUCAUUUUGAUACUGUUUGUCAAGAAGGUUGGAGACAAUGAGUUCAAAGCUGUAGUGGAUGAAGUUGGAGAGCCAAAGACAAUAAGAGUAGCUUUGCAAGGGGUUGAUGCUGCAGAUUACAUACUGCAAGGAGAAAGUCUUGAAAAUAUCCUAGAAGUGCGUUUGGGAAUUAGGAAAGUUUCCCCAGACAGAGCUGUUGUUUUAAGGCUGGAUUUCCUUGGCUGUGCUGAGGCAGUGAAAACAACUACAACGGUUUCAACUGUGAUGACAACAACGACUGGUCCUGCCAUGACGACGGAAGAAGUGAAAACCACUACUGUUGUUACUCCAUUGGGAGAAGAGACAACAACAGUAACAACAUCUUCGCCAUUGCUAUCUACGACUCCAGGAUAUUGCCUGGAGCCAAUGGAUGAAGAGGAAACACUCGAUGAAAAGCGAACUGCCGAGGGCCGGUCUACUAUUGAUGAGCCAAGUGGAUCCUGGUUGGUGGAAGCCCCUGUAUCGCAGGACCGAGACCAGACUCCAAAACUGAUCUUUGAAUAUGCAAAGCCGUCAGUCGUCAGAGGAAUCAGGUUGGCAUACACAUCAGACAUUCCUGAUAACCGCACAGUAGAACCUCUGAAGAUCAGUUUUAUUGUGUCAUCCAAGAAGCCUGGAGAUGAGGUGUUUACUGAAGUUUCGCAAGUGGAGGUGAACCAACCAAUAAUGACUGCUGAUCUUGAGGAAGGAAAACCCAAGACGGAGAUGUUUCCAGACGUCUCUUCCUUGAAAGAUGUGACUGUUAUUUUGGUGGAAGUGCUCAAUGUUAGUGCUGCAAACUUAAUCAAGUUGGAUGUGGCCAUCUUAGGAUGCACCGAAGAAGUUACAACAGUGACAUCUGAGCCAUUGAGAGACCAGCCGAAGUCAACUGCUCCAAGCAAAGUCAAAGUGACAAGAAAGAAUGUUGUGACAACUCCCUUUGGUACAACCACGGAGGAAACAACAACUAUCAAAACAACUUCGCCUGCAACAACAUCAACAACAAUAGAAUAUUGCUUGGAGCUGAUGGAUGCGGAAAGCGGACUAGAAAAGGGAAGGAGCGCCCAGUUGUCCAGUUCUGGAGACCAGACAGAGAUGGACCCUCAGGAUCCUUGGACCGUCUUGCCUGUCAGCCAAGACGCGCCUGAAGACAGACCGAGCUUGUCCGUCAGCUUCACAAGAGGAUCUAUUGUGCGUGGGUUGAGACUACGAUUGAUCCCUGACACUGUCAAGGCUGAUAGUACCUCAGAAGAAAUUCCAAAGUCAAAAUCUGCUGUCAUCAGUUUGAUACUGUUUGUCAAGAAGGUUGGAGACAAUGAGUUCAAAGCUGUAGUGGAUGAAGUUGGAGAGCCAAAGGUAAGCAUCUUUGUUUUUCUACUUGCAACUCUGUGCUUGAGAUUGUCUUGA